AUCAAUCUCUGUCCUCUGCUCACACUGCGUUCGUCUGACUUGGUAGCCUGGGGCGAGCCAGACAUGCGCCUUCAUUGGAUUUCUAAAAGAUAAACAGACAAUUAGGACAAUAUUUUAAUUUAAUUUGAUUAAGAAUAUAUAUAGACUACUGUAUAUUCCCUAUUCACACGCGUUACAUUGUUAAUCCGAGUAUGCGCACUGAACGCCUCCAUUGUCUACCAGCAGCAAGGAGUGAGAGCGAGCGCGCGGAUAUGAGAAUGCAGGGGAGCGGCAUACAUUGACCCAAAUCUCCGGGAACCGGAGAACAAGCGGACCCGGACACACGUAUGUCGUUGGAAAGACAGACUGGCAGACAGACAGCAACAGUUGUCAUGGAUAUGGUUAUGAUCAGCUGAACCAGUCUUCAAGACAAAAUAAUAACAUUAAAGGGGGGUAGCCUAGCCUACUGCAGGGAAGCGCGACUGUCGGAACCGUUGUUGCGCUUUGUGCUUGUCAUCAUCCCUGUUGUGAUUUGGAGCAGGCUGUCCUGUCAUUCGUUGUGAGGGGAAAACGUUUUGCGUUUUGCUUAUCUUCAUCAAAGGGAGUUGUUUUUCUGUCAUUCAUUUGACAUCAUCCUCCUAUAAAUGAUCAUUUUUCUCUGUUGAGCUGAAUCAAAACAUUCGAGUCGCUCAUGUUCCUGUCAGGGAAAUGGGCUGUUGCGUCUGUUAUACACAGCUGCUUUAGUCAGACUUGACAACCGGGAUUUUUUAAAGCUGCCGUUUUGUCCCUGGCAAGAGGCGAUCAAGUGCACUGCAGACAGGCGUGUCGGGGGCGAUUCCAGUGACGGCUCUCGACUCUCUGCGGAGCCCCGUUUCAACAGCCCCCACCCAAUUUUAUCGGGCGAUUUGGAUGGGGGGCAAGCAGAGUACGGCAGGGCGGCCCCGGGGUGCUUUUCACGGUGUCUCGGCGGAUGACAGCGCAGUGGCACCCUCGGCCCACUUUGGGCACUACCGACCAAGUGGCACUAUGGGGUUACGCAGCCGCUCAGUGAGUUCUGUGGCUGGGAUGGGCAUAGAACAUAGUCCUACGGUGCCCUUUGGUUUUUAUACCCCCAGAGGAACAGACUCGGACAGGGCUGGAGGGGGGUCUGGCACUAACGCCACCCAUGGUAACGGCUACCAGGAAACGGGCAGCGGGCAUCACACGGAUGGUAUGCUCUAUCUGGGCUCCCGAGGGUCGUUGGCAGACACCUUGCCCCUGCACAUUGCACCCCGGUGGUUUAGCGCCCACAGUGGGUUCAAAUGUCCUGUCUGCUCCAAGUCUGUGGCGUCUAAUGAGAUGGAGGUGCACUUCAUCAUGUGUCUAAGCAAGCCCCGCCUGUCCUACAACGAUGACGUGCUGGCCAGGGAUGCCGGGGAGUGUGUAAUCUGUCUGGAGGAGCUGCAGCAAGGAAACACCAUCGCCAGACUGCCGUGCCUCUGCAUCUAUCACAAAAGCUGUAUAGACUCCUGGUUUGAGAUCAAUCGUUCCUGCCCUGAGCAUCCUUCAGACUGACUGACCUCUGUGCUCCUACUCCUACUGUUCAAGGACACUUUAUGUUCCUAUCAUGGAUAUCUGGACACUGAAGUAACCAAAAAAACUAAACAAUCAAAACAACCUAUCUAUCAAUUGAUCUAUCAAUCUAUCAAGAGAAUUCCUAGCAAACGGAACCAAAAGAAAAAACAUUAAGCUUAUACUUUCACUUCCACAUGCAUAAAAGAGUGCCCCUCCUCCCUGCCACCUCCCCCCUAGCCCUAAAGGCUGCUAACUGCCAGUCCCUAUGUUGGCCCAACUAGGCUGACCAUCCCUCCAGGCCAACUGCCUCACCAGGCUGCUUGGCCCCCCAGCCAGCCAGUCACCACGCCACACGGCCUGGUCCUCUCUGGGCUCCUCCGGGGGUCUGGCCCUUGCUCUGCUCUGCCUUCCAUUUUGCCUCCUGAGUUUGUCCCUGCCUGGCUCCAUAUCACUCAUCUGGAUCCAGCCAUCUCAUGGCCUUCAUCAGGAAGAGACAGAGGAGGAUAAUGAAGAAAAAGAUGAAGAAUAGGGCUGGAUGAACCCUGUGUGCCAGGGCAGGGUCGACUCCCAGGGCGUUGUCUGGUAAUGCAACAAAAGGCUUUCCCCCAAUCCCCAGAGUUACAGCACCCACCCACCCAAUCAUUAGUUGAAGAGACAUGCGCUUGUCUUAGUCUUUACUUUGAGGUGGAGCAGCGAUGUGUGAAGUGCAGCAUUGGUGUGGCAGGCAGGGUCUGUCUAUGUAGGUUUCUGUUUGGGUUAUGUGUGUGUGUGUGUGUGUGGAGGGGUGUAGAUAAUGCUUCUAUAUGUGUCGGGGCAGUGAAAAUAUCAGUCAGACUACACCUGUUCUGUGUGCGUUAGUGUGUGGAGGGGUACGUCGUUUAUGCUUGGUGGUGGGUGAAUGUGUGUGAGUGUGCUUAUGUGUCGUGGGGGACUGUUGGGGGUCGUUGGUUUAUGUUUUUCUAUGUUCUGGGGCUGUGAGGAUGACGUCCGUAAGCAUACAUGUGGUGUGGUUGAGGUUGGGGUGAUGAUGCAGCCAUCUCUGUAGUGUGAGAGCCUGAUUUGCUAAAGGGUCAAAUAGAAGUCUGAGACAAUACUAUGUGUUGGUCUGUGUUUGAAAUGUUUACAAUUUAGAUGUCCAUUUUCCCUGUGUGAAUGUGGUAUCGCUCCCUUUAUUUUGCUAAUGUUUACAGUUACAUAAACUCGACAUGACAUA